AUGCACCAGGAUGGUAAAAGAGUCGCGGGAAAAAGAACUUCUGCUUGUGAACUGGCUGUUUUUCAUUGCAUAAACUCUGGGCACAUAUCAAUCAACAUUCCUUCAUCAAGAGUAAAUGAUAACAUUUGUGAUUGUUGUGAUGGCAGUGAUGAAUAUAAUAGCACUGCUGAUUGUGUGAAUACUUGUUUAGAACUUGGCCGACAAGCAAGAGAAGAGGAGCAGAAGCUGCAAGAGUUGUAUGAACAAGGCUUUGCUUUGAGGCAGCAGUAUGCAGUUCAAGGUAAACAAAUAGAAGAAAACAAUAAAGUGCAGUUAGAAAAUUUGAAAAAAGUAGAAAUUGAAGAAGAGAAAAAUAAAGCCGAAAAGGAAGCUAUUAAAAAUGAAGCUGAAGAUAAAGAAAAGGCUGCCUUAUCUGCUUAUAACUCUGCAAAAGAAGAACAAAGGAAGAAACAAGAAGAAUUAGAAAUGAUUCAGCACCAAGAAAUGGAACGAAAACUGGCAGAAACUGCUUUUCAUGAACUAGAUCUCAACCAAGAUGGCUUAUUGUCCUAUGAUGAGCUUCAAAAAUUUCCUAAAUUUGAUAGCAAUCAUGAUGGUAUUGUUUCCGAAGAUGAAGCUAAGUUUUUCUUACACAUGAAAGAUUUUUUGCUCCUUGAUGAAUUUAUUACAACUGGCUGGAUGAUCAUGAAACCUAUUUAUUUAUCAGAAAAUGAAGCAGCUGGUGAUGCGUCUACCAGUGAAGGUACAGAGGAAGAGACUCUAGGACAACCAGAAAUGGAACCAGAAGCAAAUGUUGGCCAAGAAGAAUCAGAUGAUGAGACAUACAAUCCAGACGAAGAAAAUCCUGAAGAGGAAGAUCUCAUAGAUGAUGAAGUGGAAACACCACCAUCUUUUCCUCCAAAAGAUACCACAGAAGAUGUAAAAUCGGAAGAAUCAGAAUAUGAUGAAGAAACUCGCCAGCUUGUUGAUGCUGCUAGAGAUGCCAGACAGAAAUUUAAAGAAUCUGUUGAUGCCCUGGAUAAAAUUAAAGAUGAAAUAAGAAAACUGCAGACAGAUCUUGAUUCAGAUUUUGGGAAAGAUAGAGAAUUUGCUGCACUCAAAGGGCAGUGUUUUGAUUUUGAUGAUCGAGAGUACACAUACAGGUUUUGCCCCUUUGACAAAGCUAGUCAAAUUUCUAAAUCUGGAGGAUCUGAUGUUAGUUUAGGGCGCUGGGGUUCUUGGGUAGGACCUGAAGAAAAUAGGUAUUCAAAAAUGAGGUAUGACAAUGGACAAACAUGUUGGAAUGGACCAGCAAGAUCAGUUGUGGUGCUUCUUCACUGUGGACUGGAAAAUAAACUGUUAUCCUCCAGUGAACCUAAUCGAUGUGAAUAUCUCUUUGAAUUCAGUACUCCAGCCAUGUGUGCUUUACAUGAAAAUGUUUCUCAAACUGAGCAUCAACACACGGAACUUUAGAGCACUAUGUAUUUGUGUAAGAUUUUAGAAUACUUGAAAAAUAUUACUGUAAUAGUCACACAAAUUUCUUUAUAUUUUUAUCUACAUGAGAAACACUUAUAUAAUGGUUUUUGUGUUGUAUCACUCUAAUACUAUUUUUACAAAUCGACUUGUGAUAUUCUUGUACAAUGGUGGUUCAGAUUUUAUUUCUGGAAGCAAGUAAAUGGUUUUCAAUCAAAGAUUUUUCAUGCGAACAUUAAACUAGUUUUAAAAUAAAUGUCAAAAGAAAGUCGCUGAAAUCACAGAAAAAUCCUCUUGAUCUGAACCAUUUAUAUUAGUUAUUAAAGUCUUCAAUUUAAAUAGGUUUCGAACCUUCUCAAAUACAGAUUUAACACACAAACAUUUCAUAUUUUUUUUCUUUUCAAUUGUUCUAUAAAACAUUUGUCAGUUUUUAGUAGCAUCAAUAUUUUAUUUUUGCAGCUUAAAUUCCUAAGUUACAUCAAGAAAUGCAUACAAGCGCUGUGAAAUUUCAAUUUCAAAAACGUAAACAUUGUCACCUUUGUUUUGGCACUUAGUGCCCCAUUUCUUUGUGCUUUUGAACUAAUGUAUUUUAUGUGCACUGAAGCUGUAUUUCACAAAGAAAUUCUGAAAAAACUUUCUGAGGUAAUGGUUCAACAUGAAGCAAGCACAAACUUUGCAUUUUUUCCGCAAGAUUCUAUGGCUGAGACAAUGAUAGAAAAAUUGUCAAGCUUCUUUCAAAUUGUUUUACAUGAAAACAAAUAUAUGUUUGUAAAUACUAAUUUUUGUAAAAAUAUCAAAGUUAUAGCAGUACUAUAAAUCCAUAUUAAAAUGUUAUAUCAGAGCAAGAAAUGCUUUAAUUGUUGCGAAACAUCUUAUGGAUUUUUUAAUUCUUAAACUGAUUUUGUUUUCUGUUUUCUUAUUGUACUGUGUGAAAAUGAUAUUUCCUAUAGUAUUUUUUAAUUUAUUUUGGUCAUAAUGGGUGUGAUAUAAAAUACUAUUAUGAUUAUAAUGUUUUUCAAACAGAUUUAAAAUAUUCUAAGAAAUUUUGUACUAAUAUUUUUUAAAAACGUUUGUGUACUGACAUUGUUUUCUGAUUGAAGCCCGGGCCUUAUCAAAUAGUCUAAAAUUAUAAUCAAGUAAGAAAAUUGUGAUUUAUUCCAAUUAAUUUGCCAUCAUUGUGAUUAUAACUAGACAUUGAUAGCAAAUUACAGUUUUUCAUUGGUUACUGUUACAGCAGAUGAAAACUCUGUCAAAAAUGUCAAUAUUUUAUUGAAAAUAAAAUUUAAGUUUGAUGUUCUUAUUAGUAUAACAAAUGUUUUUGUAUUUUACUACUCAGAAAGCCUACUUAUACCUAAUUUAUAAGAAGUCUUUACUGUGCACUGAAAUUGUUUGU